AUGUCAUUUUCUCGAACUACUCGACAAGGCUUCGUCGAAGAACACCACAGCCAGAGCCCACCCAUCAAGACCGAACCACUCUGGAGCGUUUCAAACAGCUCACCUACUUUUGUUCCUGCCAACACCAAGACUAUCGCCUCUAGUGCUCCUGGCAGUGCUCAUGAGGUUAACUUUGGCACCGAAGUCGAUACUCUCAUGAAAGCGAUCCAAGCCAAGUCCAAGACAACGCAGCCACAGGUGGCCUCACCUGUCAAUCAGAGUAGACCUGUGGUAGGUGUUUCUCCUACCCCUCCUUACAGGCAACCUGCCUCUCAAGCCAGUGGGUACGAGGAGAGUAAAUUCAAGCUCACGCAAGAGACUCUCCAGGAUGAUGCCAGCAGCCGUAAGGGUAAUAAGAAGCGUUACAAAUGUACCAUCGAGAACUGCACCAAGAGCUUCUAUCAGAAGACUCAUCUUGAUAUCCACGAGCGGGCACACACUGGAGUCAAGCCAUACCCGUGCAAAGAACCCAGCUGUGGACGAAGCUUCUCACAACUCGGAAAUCUCAAGACUCACGAGCGAAGACACACCGGAGAACGACCAUACCAAUGUGAAGUCUGCGGGAAACGUUUCGCACAGCGCGGCAACGUGCGAGCUCACAAGAUCGUGCACGAUCAAGCCAAGCCCUACCUCUGCCGACUCGACGACUGCGGCAAGCAAUUUACCCAGCUCGGCAAUCUCAAAUCACACCAAAACAAAUUCCACAUCUCGACGAUCCGGUCUCUGACAGCAAAAUUUGCCUCUAUCAAAGACGGCGACAUCGUCCACGCCGCCGACAAGGAGCUCUGGGAGUACUUCGCCAACCUGUACAAAAACAGCAACAAGGGCAUCAAGGGCCGCGGCAAGGACCGCAAGGUCGGCUCCGCGAACCCGUCUAUGCGCAGCCACCUCGUCGGCAUCCCUUCUUCGCGCUCAUCAGGCGGGUAUUCCAUGUCUGGCACCGGCCGAGGAUCUUUGGGUAUGGGUAUGAGUAACCACGGAUUGCCGAUGCAGGGGAGAUCUGCAGACGGACAGCAGUAUGAGAUGCUCGACGUGGAUGAGGGCAGUCAAUCGCAGUGCGGGAGUCACAGCGGGAGUGGAGGCGGCAGCUCCGUCUCAACAUGCUACGACGAUGCCCCAUCUGAUGGAUUCGAAGACGCUGGUGGUCGGGGAAGCGAUCUAGCGUUCGGAGACCGCAUUUAUUGA